AUGGCAAAGGCGUUUGCCAGAGUGGACUGGAGCUUUCUAAUGACAAUUAUGAAGAAAAUUGGUUUUGAUGAUAAAUGGUGCAACAAGAUAUAUCAAUGCAUUUCAACCUCCACAUCAGUUGUUCUCAUCAAUGGCUCUCCUGACAAAUUCUUCAAACCCACUAAAGGCCUAAGGCAAGGUGACCCCCUGUCACCUUACCUGUUCUUAUUUUGCAUGGAAUCUCUUUCAAGGACUCCUCUGCAUGCUGAGGAGAUGGGCAUUAUCAAAGGGAUAAAGAUCUGCAAAGCAGCUCCUCCUAUCAGUCACCUCCUCUUUGCUGAUGACUGCAUGAUCUUCUGCAAAGCAAACCCUAUUGAAGCUCAAAAUAUCAUGCAGAUUCUACGGACUUUUGGCAGUACUUCUGGGAAACUAAUCAACUUUCAUAAAUCUGGAGUCUUCUUCAGCAAAAACACAAAUCCAGAUCUCAUUCCUCAAAUUAUCAAUUCUAUGGGAGUUCAAGUCCUUCAGCUAGAUGAUAAAUAUUUAAGAUCACCACUUUUCACACAUAGAAGAAAAAUCAAUUCUUUCAAGCCUGGAGUUGAAAAAUUGAAGCUAAGACUCACUGGAUGA